UGCGAAGUUGCCGACCGGAAGUGCCUGCCGCUUUGCCUCUUCUGUGAUCUGUCAUAUUUUUUUGGUCUAUAGAUUCUUACAAAUAAAUUAAAAUUCUAAUUCGGUUUAUUGUGCUCGUAUUCUUUAUUAAUGUUAAGUGUUAUUCUUAGUUAGCCGGAGUUUCAUUUAAUUCCAACUGUCCGUUACUUUUUAAGAUAAUGUCCGGAGAGCCAGAAGUAGUGCGCACACCUGAGGAAGAGGAGACGGAAGAUGAAGAAAUCAAGUCAUCAUACAGGCCUCCACCAGAAAAAACUAUUGAGGAAAUCCUAGCAGCCGAUCAAGAGGAUGAGUCCCUCAGGAAGUACAAAGAGGCGUUGUUGGGGCAGGCACAGACAGGGACUGUUAUUGUUGAUCCGAACGACCCUCGUAAGGUGAUUGUGAAGAAGUUAGCAUUGUCCGUCACCGACAGAGAUGACCUUGAACUGGACCUCACUGGAGACCUGACAGAUUUGAAGAAACAGGUGUUUAUAAUAAAAGAAGGCGUGCAAUACCGGAUAAGGAUCGACUUCAUCGUGCAGCGCGAAAUCGUGCACGGCCUCAAGUACGUCCAGAAGACGUACCGCCUCGGAGUACCAGUGCCGGUGGACAAAAUGACCCACAUGGUGGGUUCGUACCCCCCCAAAACGGAGAUCCAGUCCUACACGACCCCCCCAGAAGACGCGCCUUCCGGCAUGAUGGCGCGAGGCUCAUACACCGUCAACAGCUUAUUCACUGACGAUGACAAAAACAUACAUCUUCAAUGGGAGUGGAGUUUCGAGAUCAAGAAGGACUGGAAGGAUUAAAGCUUGGAAUAUUAAAGAUUUAAACUGGAUUGGACCCUGUCUCUUUCGAACUUAACUGUCUCUCCAGAAUGUGAUUUGGGUGAGCGGUUCUAUAUAUAUUUUUUUUUUUAAAUUCAAAACCCUAAUUCUAUGAAACUAUUAAGAGAUAAACUGUAAAAAAAUUGUAUUUUUCAAAAAAAAUUAUGAAUCAAAAAAAUAUUUAAUCAAUGUUUUAAUCGAUUUUUUUGUUAUCAGUGCAAAACGUUUGUGCUAGAAAGAUGUAUAAAUAUUGGAUUUCAAAUAAAAUUUUAUUUUUAAAAUAGAAAUGAAAAACGAAAUGUUAGAUUAUGAAACUGUAAGAAAAGUAUGGAGAAUCAAAUAAAUGCGAGAUUAAAUAUUAUUUUAUAAACAUGGCCAGACCAUUAAAUAAAUGAAUGGACAAAAUUAUGAACAGAAAAUCGCACUUUGAUCUUCAUUAUCUCAAAAGUAAAAACAAGUUUUUCUUAUAAUUUUUCCUAGAAAAUUCAAACUAAAAUUUAUGUAUCAAAAAAUAUGGAAUUAUUUGUGUUUCAACUUAUAAAUCCAUCGUCAUUUCUGUAAAGACGAGUCUACACUAAACUUUUGUUUCAUAUUAUUUAGUAACCUAUAACGUAUGUGCCAUAGUGCAAAAAACUUGCAUUGCUCAAGAAAACUAAUAAAAUGUUUACGCACAUUUGUAUGACGCGUCCAAUCCAGUUGCAAAUGUCGAUGCAAGUGGCUGACUGAGGCGACAGUGCAAAACGGCCCUAAUUCUAACGCCUGCAUACAU